CUUGACUGUUUUUAUAUGAGCGUAUAUGUGUGUACACUUCAUAUCCCAUGUCUCAUCACAUAUCUGUAGUUUAUUUUGUCUGCCUAUAAAUAUUGGGUAACACCUGGCUAGAAAUGGAGUUGGCUUACCAGCCAUCUCCACUGCGCAUCAUUUUGUUUUGUUCCAUUACAUUCACUUUACAUACAAAAUAUAUGUAUUCAGAGGGCAUUCUCGUUGACUGAUUUAUCUAAAUUCCGUUAUUGACUAACGUGAUUUAAGUCGAUGAUUGUAUACGAGGAUAGGUGAUAACAAAUAUUCGUCCGAUCUGAUUGGAGUCAGAUCCACGGGCCAUUAAAAACUGUCAAGUUUAAGAGAACUGAUUGACAUUUGGCAAAUUCAUUGUAUGGUUCUCAGAUUUGACUUAGAUGUUCAGUAGUUUUUUGUUCAAAUGUAUUCGAUUGUCUUCACUGGUAUUCUUGUUCACUACAAUACUAUUUGAAAAGAAUACGUUUAAAAUGUCAAUACUGUUUGGAAGGAAUAUAUCAAUUUCUAAGAUAAAUAAGCCGAUUGAACUUGCACUAUUUUUGGUGCUAAUUUAGAAUAUCGUUGUGGAAGUACACGAAAUCUUGAGGCAUUAAAAAUAAUAGCUAACUCGACAUUUCAGUGAAAUGUUUGAGGCGUGUGAGGAUGAUUCAACGGCAGAGUGACAAUCGACAGUCUUGAUUCAUGGAAACAUUCAAUAUUUUGUUAUCGCUGUUAUGUUGUUUAAUCACCGGUUGUUUAGAGUAUUGCUGGUGAACCGAAUCAUUUGAUUUCACUUUUCUAGCAAGACUUGAAACAUCAAAGUCGUAUUGAAGCAAGUGACUGACUUGGAACAAACUUCAUGAAUGUUUCACACAAUAAAAAGCACAAAUUGGUCAUUUGCCUUAUCAUGAAUAAAGAAUUUUUCGAAAAAUGAAAUAUGGUCAUACCCGUUAGUUGUGUAAAAUAGAUUAAGAGCAUUUAUCGAAUAGAGUAGUUGAUCUAAGAAUCCUUACAAAUGGUCUCAAAAGUGAGAUAUCUUCCUUACCUCUCCUCUUAUUUGCGAAUUCACAAUCAUUCUAUUAAACUGGACGGUCAAUCUUCACUUGACAUUUGAGAAGACAACAAUCCAUCAAAUCAAAUGCAUCAAAAGAAAAAAUAAAUUGAAUCGGUACAAAAGAUACUACUUAUUUGAGGAUUAUUUUCAAAAAAACUAUUUCAAACAAACAACAUGAGAAUUCGGGUAGAUGGGAAAAACAAUGAGAAUAAAAAAUGUGACGAGAUAAUGGGGAAUAGAACAAAACAACAAGGAUGAUGACGAUAAUGACAACAUUGAUACAUGCACACACGCACACUUACACAUGUUUAUUUACAUGUUACCAGAUUUUAAAGAUUGUUAGUGUUGACGUAUUGUAGACGAAUAUAUCAGUGUAUGUGUAUGUGAGUGUGUUGGGACUAGAUGAAUCAUGAAAAAGUGGGUGAAUAACUAUUUAAAUGGGACUAAAACAUUCACAUAUGAUCAGGAUCAUUGCACUGAAUGGACGUGUGCUUCGCUAUGAAUCCAAUGUGUCGAUUAAUACUGAUGGUGAUGAUGAUCAUUCCGAGAGGAUUACCUUCAUGUCACCGGUAAGUCAGAAGAAACUAUGCAUUAACCAGUGACUGUCUGAAUUCAAUAUCUUAGUGGAUAAUGCAUUGAGGUUUGAAAUGAACGAUAUUCGGUUUCAAUCUCAAUGUCAACAAUAACACUGAAAUACAGAACAACUGGCUUAACGAGUCAUCAAUCGGACGGAACGGUUAUCCUGGAUACUGUUACUAGCCAUUAUCGCAACUGUGACGACCAGUGAGAUCAUACUUUUAAUACCAAACUCUGUUUGCAAUGGUUUGUUGAAACUUGAUCAGUCCUGUUUGGCAUAUGUGCAUCCUUCAUAGAUUGUCUCGAUGAAACCACUAUCACACAAGUUACGUAGGAAAAGGGUGAGAUGUGGCUUGCGGACGGACAAAGGACCAGCGUUUCGUCCUUUUUAGGACUUUUCAGCCAGACUAAAUAUCAACUAUGAGAUUGGGUACAACCUACUGACAGGUCUCAAUUAGGACGAAACAAACAUCUCGAAUUCCGUUACUAGCUACAUUUCAUUGUAACUGACUUUGACUUCAGUUCAACUGGAAAUUACUUGACUAUCAACUGAAGAACACUGUGUAGCCGUUAUCCUAUACGUAUUCGUUUUAUUCGUAAUUUGUCCACUAUUUUGUAUCUCCAGUUACUGUUUAGUACACAGACUUUGUUUUCCUGGAUGACGAUGCUUAAUUUGUCUUCAGAUAAUAAUUGCAGUAGUUUAUAAUACAGUACAUACGUAUCCAUGGAUUCACUGUUUUUGUUAGAUAGUGAAAAUGGUUUGUUGUAGUUGUAUUUUCACCUUAUCUAAAAUGUAUCUGUUUUGAUCUUCAUUCAUGUGUUCAUCAUUUAUUCACUAAAUCGCUUAACGUGAGGAUUCAAUAUUGAAGGUUCCUUGUUAAAUUGAUCAAAAUGAUUGAAAUGAAGUGGAUUAACCGGAUUUCAGUCAUACGAUUUGCGAGGGUUAUUUCAUUUGUAUUCAAUAACAUUCAGUGGAUGCAAGCAGAUGCAUAACAUUUAAUGAUCAACUUGAAUGAUCAAAAACUAUUCGUUUCGAAGAUGGAGGUGAAUAGGCUUGUCAAGUUAGACUGGUGAAAACGACUAAUUCCUGUCAUGGACCAUAUCCUAUAUAUCAGUUUGUUAAUCCAUCAAAAUUCUAUUGGAAAUCAAUAAAAUGUUACGUAAUCAAUGAGCUUGUUUUAUUGAUUUGUGCUUUACUCAAUUUGCCAAUGAGUUUGAUUAAAAGUUACACCGAAUACUUAAAUGUUAUUGGUAAACUAUUAAGAAAACAAUGAAUGGAUCAUGUUAGAUCGAUGGCUAGUUAUUUCCGAAUUGUUGCCUUCAAUCUAAUAAUUCAUCAGUAAGUGAAGGCUGAUACAAGAUACAUUGAUGAAAUCUGUUAAUUAGACUGUAAACGUAGUUUAGAUGGCAGAUUGAUCACUUCAUAUGUGAAUAGAAUAUCGAGCUUGAUAAUCAAGUAUUAGUUAAUCAAAUUAGUUCAAGUGAAGAAAGUCGACAACAGUUUAAUAUAAAACAAACAAUGGUGUACUAAUACAUGGAGUCAGCCAGACUACAGAACAAUUGAAAUAUAAGACAUGAAGUCAGGUCCUCCUUCGAACUGUUUUGGUUGAUUAGUCAUGCUGUUGCUACAUUGUGGAAUAAUGGUUAUUAAAUGUUUAUAUGCGUCAAACGAAUUGAGAGGAAAACACAAAACUAGUCAGCAAUCAAAUAAGUUUAAACAUAUCCUAACUGACCUAUUCUUUUAAGUAAAACUUCUAUUUCAUCUUUUCAUUUCCCACAAUAGUAUAUCAUUGUCCUAGACUUGCCAUUGUCUUGUAUUUACGAAAAGCCAAUGUGUAAGCUGAUAUCAUAAUGACGUAAAAAAUGAACUGUGCAGGUUUGCAUCUGGUUUGACGGUAUAUUAUUGUUGAACGAGUAUGAAUAAAAUCACGGAUGAGAGAAUUUGGAAAUGAAAAUCGUCAGAAGAAAAGCGAACUAAUGGCUCGAUAAUGCAGAGGAAACAUGUGGGUUCAGUGAUAAGAGUCAUCGACGAUAAACAUUUAUACACAAGUGUUAAUACAAGAGAUUCAAUAAUGCAAGUAGUUGAAGAAGGAUAUCGAAAAUGUUGAAGAGAUGGUCCUAAUGAAACAACUUAUGUUCUAAUGCUUGGUUGAAUUUCAAGCCUGUCAAGUAUAUGUGUACAGAAAUAUAGGAUUACGAACAAUUGGACAGCAGCUAAUCCCAUCACAUUAUCAACACAUAUUCCACCUUGUUCAUCACAACUAGAAACGGACAGAGUGAAGUUGGUUACGAAACUGACAUAAUCACUAGAUAACUGUUGGUCAACAAAAGUAGUUUGCCUAAAUUCAUCAAACAAGCAGGAUUAGAGAUACAGAACGGUAUUGAUAAGUGGAGUAGUAACAAUAUGAUAAGUUGACUGAAGUUACAGUAGUAAGUCAAUCGUACGAAAUACCUGCAGAUCUUGGCUUUGUCUUCGGUAAGAUGGCUGGUGAACACUGUUGAGGUUUAGUACGCUUAAACAGAAGAGAUUUUAUGAUAAACUAGAACGAUAUUCAUGUUCAUCAAUCUGUAUGUUUGUUUUGACGUCUGCUCUAAAUGAGACUAUUUUUCAGAUUAAUUGACUUCACAGAUAGAAAAUAUUUCGAAAAGAUUCAUGCAACUAGUCAACUUCCAUCGAAGUAACAUUCAAUCAAUUCCAGAGUGAUCACAAUAUAAAUUGAUUGAUGUCCGAUUAUGGUCAUACUGACAUUCCAAAUAAUGAAAUUAGUUGACAUUACAAACCAGUACGUAACGACACCAAAUCUGCAAUCGAAGUUGUUGACUAAAUAUCACCAACUAGCAUUAAAGAAACUUGUGAAAGAUGAAACAAUAUUGCUACCUCGUUCAGAUGAAUGUUCCGAUGUAAUCGUUUUUAAGAGAGACGAAUACAUUAGCAAAAUAAUGUCUACUUUAAAUUAUUCCACUAGAUUUACCAUCAAUAAUACCCAGGAAGACUUAACAGAGACGACAGAGAAGCGACUUUUAAAAAAAUUGAGAGAACUGAAGAAAAAUCUAAUAGAUAAUCAUACACACAAUGAACUCAAACCUAAAGGAUCACAAUUACUGUACUUAUACGGCCUACCCGAAACUCACAAACCCGACAUCCCGAUUAGACCAAUAUUAUCCAUGGCUAAUUUGCCCUUCCAUAAACUCGCCCGCUGGCUGACAAAGUGCCUAGAACCAAUCCGAAAGAAACUGACACCUUACAGUCUAAAAGAUAGUUUCGAAUUUGUACAAAAACGCAGCAACCUGAAUGUUUCCGAUAAAUUUGUGGUUUCAUUUGACAUCUCAUCGCUCUUCACAAACAACUCAUUGGAAGAAACGAUAGAGAUCAUAUGUGAAUAUCCUGAACUUCUACCUCUACCAAUUCAUGAUUUUAAACAGCUCCUUUUUUGUGUACAAAGCACAUACAAUUUCAAUUCAAUAAUUUCUUUUACCGCCAAAUUGAUGGAGUUGCCAUGGGCAGCCCGUUCGGCACAAUUCUUGCCGAUACAUUUAUGGGAAACCAGGAACUAAAUAAGCUUAAGGAUGCAAUCGAUGGUACUACGCUGUACUGUAGAUAUAUUGAUGACACAUCUCUCGUCUGCAACAAUCAUGAGCACGCCAUUAGGCUACUUGAUCUGUUCAACAAAGCACACAAGAAUAUAGAAUUUACUAUGGAACAAGAAGUU